GUUCAUGUACAUUGUAAUUUUGUUUCUUGGAAAUAUAUGUAUAUUAUGCUGGGCCAUAUUUGAUAUUCUGAAAAUGAGUGAAAAGGAUAAAAUUAACCUGACAUUUGUGUCAGAAUUUCUUCUUCUGGGUCUUUCUGGAUACCCAAAGACAGAACUCAUUUACUUUGCUCUGAUUCUAGUUAUGUACCUAGUGAUUCUCAGUGGCAAUGGUGUUCUAAUCACAGCAAGCAUCUUUGAUUCCCAUCUUCACACUCCUAUGUACUUCUUCCUGGGCAACCUCUCCUUCCUGGAUAUCUGCUACACAUCUUCUUCUGUACCCUCAACAUUGGUGAGCUUAAUAACAAAGAAAAGGAAUAUUUCCUUCUCUGGAUGUGCAGUACAGAUGUUCUUUGGAUUUGCAAUGGGAUCCACAGAAUGUUUACUUCUUGGUAUGAUGGCUUUUGAUCACUAUGUGGCCAUCUGUAACCCUCUGAGGUACCCCAUCAUCAUGAGCAAGGGGGUGUGUGCACUGAUGGCCUCUGUAUCAUGGCUGUUUGGUGGAAUCAAUUCGGCUGUGCAAACCUCUCUUGCCAUUCGACUGCCUUUCUGUGGGAAGAAUAUUAUCAAUCAUUUUACAUGUGAGAUCUUAGCUGUCCUCAAGCUGGCUUGUGCUGAUAUAUCUCUUAAUAUUAUUACCAUGUCAAUAUCAAAUAUGGCCUUCCUGGUUCUCCCACUGCUUGUCAUUUUCUUCUCCUACAUGUUUAUCCUCUACACCAUCUUGAGAAUGAACUCAGCCACAGGGAGACACAAGGCCUUUUCUACCUGCUCAGCUCAUCUGACUGUGGUGGUCAUAUUCUAUGGCACCAUCUUCUUUAUGUAUGCAAAACCUAAGUCCCAAGACCUGACUGGGGAAGAAAAAUUGCAAACUUCGGACAAACUCAUUUCUUUAUUUUAUGGGGUAGUGACCCCCAUGUUGAAUCCUAUCAUCUAUAGCUUGAGGAAUAAGGAUGUUAAAGCUGCUGUAAAACAUAUGCUAAACCAAAAACCUAUUCAAUAAGAACAUCAGAAAUCCAAGGUUUUU